CAAGGAAGACUUCGUCGUAAAUACCCGAAUACAGUAAUAAAUAGUGUAGUUAAAGUUAUUACAUACUGCGUGUUAUUAUUUACACAUAUAGAGUCAAUAGUCGUCGUCUAUUUUUAAGCGAGUAUACGUACAUACUACAUAUUACGUAGAUAUUUACUUAUGUUGGCACUUAACACAUGCCAGUUUUCAUGCCAUGAUUUGAUAAAUCUAUUUAAAACGGACUAGUAAAUAUUUCACAUAUUUUCAAAUUGUUCCUUGGUUUCGUCUUAGUCAUUGAAUAAGUCUGCCCCAAAAGUGUCACUGCGAUGACUUUAUGAAAGUUAGUUUUAUUUUAUGAAAAUAUGCUGAAUAAGUUUCGCAUGUCGCUGAAUUGAAAGUGGUGGUUCAUUUACCAAGAAAUUUGCAAGCUGAAAAGUUUGUUUAGAUUUUUGAACAAUGCUACAAUAACUAAUAAAGAAUUUAUUAGUACAAGUAUACAUAACAUCUAAAAACUACAGCCGCAUAGAAGAACACAAAUAUUGGACAAGGUUUUCUGUGAUUAAUUAUUAUACGGAUACAAUUCAAGAAUGACUACACGAAAUGAAAUAAGAGCCCUGAUUUUAUAAACCACAUAAAACCGAAGAGUUGAGUCAACAAUAUUUAAGACAAUUGUCCACAAAUUCAAAGUCUAAUUGUGUUUAUGGGUGGAUAAUAAAAGAAAAAAUUACUCAUAACCCACACAUCUUCUAAUAAAUAACGUAGUGCUCCGCCUGAACUGCUUCCUCUUGGUACAAGAUUUUCUGACACAUUAUUUGUCAGACCAUGUCCUGUAUUGUUUCGCUGUGUGCAUUUUAAAUGCAUUCGAUUCAAGAUAUCAAGACAGCUUUUAAAAACUCCAGAGUAAUAACUUUGCAACCAUCGUGAUCUCAGCCAAAAGCAAAUGUUAUUAUGGGGACUCUUGUAAUUGUGCUCACUCUUCUUGUGACAGUCACCGAGGGUGAAAUUAUUAGUGCAAAUUUUCAAUCAUUGUCAACUACAGAAAGUUCGAAAUAUCUCAGAUUUGAAUGUCCUGAUCCAAAUUCCAAUGUUCCGGACGGGUCCACUUUUUGCAAAGUUGGAACGAUUCCUCGUGAGAAAACUCUGAACAUACAUUCGGAGGAAAUUCAUCAUGGGAACUAUUCGUUAACUGAAAACAACUUCUUCGAACACCGGGUUUGCGUUAAGGCAACUCAUGAGGACCAAGUCGUUAUCCUUCGGUGCGAUUUGAUGUAUUCCUCUGAAUCUGAAGGAUUAAGGCAUGGCGAUAAUGAGCAUGACAGUGUCCUGGGCUCGGAGGCAAAAUUGAUAACGUUAAGGAAAUGUUGCCGACCUGGCCAACGUUUAUUGAAAACCAAUUCAACCAAACACGAGGGAAUGUUUGCCUACGAGUGCGUGGAAAUCGGAAACGGAACAAAUUGGAAUCCAGCUUUGUUUGAUAAUGUUGAAUCGGAUUUCGGAUUUCAUAUCGAUCUGCGAAGUAUAGAGCACAAAUUUGUUUACCGUCCAGGAUUUCCUAGCUGCAGACACAGGGAUAGGGAUACAGACAUUAAAAUGAUGGAUAACAAGGAGGAUAUUUGGUUCAAGAUUCUAACUAGUGGUCGGGUUCUCAUCGGUCUCAAGUUCUGGUUUCGCCCCGUGUGGCUUCCGGUUCACAAUGAGAAAUACAGUCAAUCCUACUGCCUUGAUGAGCUUGAGCUUUCUUCAGGUCAGGACAAUUCUCAUGAGAUCCAUCACACAAAUCAGGCUCUUGUGUACUGCGGCAUUGAACGAUUUAGUGACUAUCUCUUCCAUCGCAAAUUGUUUGGAAUUUUGUGCGUUUCUGCGUCGUGUGUAAUACUGAUGCUUCUGAUAAUAUACUUAUCAAUUUGGGAUCGACAAAAUUUGGCUGGCUGGACGCAGUUUAAUAUUUUCUUGGCUGUUUUCUUCGUGUUCGGUAUGGAAGGAAUGAGAACUUUGAUAGAUUACAACGGGUUAGACGUGAAAUCGACAUUUGCAUGCACCAUCAUCGCUGCAAUAGCACAGUACUUUUUCUUUGCGCUAAACACUACUUGGUGUGUGAUGAACAGUGACUUGCUGUGGACUUUUUGGAAGUUGGAGAGCAGUGCAAAGGGUCUGUAUGGCAAAGGGCGGAGAGUUGCUGCUUAUCUUGCCUUCUCGUGGGGCUUACCCCUCAUCGUGAUUGUCCUCUUGUUUGGUUUCAAACAUCACGAAGCGAAAGAGUCCAAAGAAGAAAUGAGGGGGAUAUAUUCGGAAGCACAUAGGCGAUGCUCUUCACCGAUUAGAGAGUUUGGAUUUCAGACCCAGGGCGUGCUAUUCCUCUUCAACAUAGUCUUCUUUGUCAUUACUGCCUUCCUCAUUUGGAAGCAUCGACGAGGAAUUACAAAUUCGAGGCGAAAUACCCGAUCGGAAAGAUACACUUGGAGAUCACAUGCUGUAUUUGGAAGGGUUGUCCUCUUCGCCAAACUUCUGAUUGUCAUGGGCGUUUCGUCCGUAUCUAUUCCCUUGGACUACUUUUUCGGCAGCGAGGAUCCACUAAACAUUUUCGAGGUUUUGUUCAGAAUGGUUCACUUUAUUCCCGUGGUGGCAAUUUUGUUCAUUUUCGGCUUUAACGAAAAAAAUUUGCACUUGAUCAAGCAAAAAUAUCCCAACUUUGGAACCGUGAUGGGUGUUUCAUUGUUUAACCUGAAGCCACUUACAACAGAAACCAACCAAUCCCCAAGUGGUGGACAAAACUCGAUGGAAAUUAAAUAAUAAAUUUUAGCUUAUGAGCAUGAUUAUUUUUAGGAGCUAAAAUGCGACAAAUUAAAAAGAUGCACAUGUAUUAAACUAUUAAUUCUGUUAUUGAGCGAGCUAGGAAAAUAAAUAAAUAUUGCAUUGUACAAUUCAUAUUGUACUCUUUUGUUUUGAUAGUUACAAUUAGUAGUCUGCUGUUGUCUCAUGUUUUGGUUUUAGUUUGUCAACACUUGCUUUUAGAGUAAUAAAUAACAUAAAAAAUUA